UUUAAAAUCUAUAAAAAUUUUCUACAUAUUGGAAAUUGCUUAUAUAUUUUUCAGAAUUUUUACGUUAAUAUAUUUAGAAGCCCUAUAAAAGAAAGAGAAUCAUGAAACGCCUAUUAUUGCAAUCUGCAAAAAAAAUAUACUGGCGCCAGCCUGCAGCGAGUUUAUCGUUGAUGCGUAUGUUAGAAAGGCCGACGGUUCUAGAGGAUACCGGUCCAAAUUUUCCACGAAAAAUUUUUUCCGGCAUUCAGCCUUCUGGUUCAUUGCAUUUGGGUAACUAUCUGGGUGCCAUACAGAAAUGGAUACGUUUGCAAAAUGCUCAGGAAAGUGUAACGUUUUGUAUUGUAGAUAUGCAUUCGAUAACAUUACCCCAGUGUCCCGUCGCUUUACGAGAAAAUAUAUUUGAAAUGGCUGCCACAAUAUUGGCUUGUGACAUUAAUCCUGACUAUUCAACGCUUUUUGUACAGUCUACCGUACCGGAGCAUAUGGAACUGUGUUGGAUUUUAAGCUGUUUGUGUACAAUGCCACGUUUGGGCCAUUUACCGCAAUAUAAAGAGAAAGCAAAAAUGGUUAAAGAUGUUCCACUAGGUCUUUAUGUAUAUCCAAUACUUCAAGCGGCUGAUAUUUUGCUAUACAAAGCUACGCAUGUGCCAGUGGGAGAAGACCAGUUGCAACACAUUCAAUUGACUCAGCAUUUGGCAAAAAAUUUCAAUAACAGAUACGGGCCGACAUUCCCUAUCUGUCAAGCGAUGAUUGAAAAUCAAGAUGCGGCGCGUGUGCGUUCUUUGCGCAAUCCUUCCAAAAAAAUGUCGAAAUCUGAUUUAGAUUCACGUGCCACUAUUAACAUUAGAGAUGAACCCGACGUUAUAGUUGACAAAAUUAAAAAAGCUGUAACCGAUUUCACCUCUGAUGUGUCUUAUGAUCCGAACAGUAGACCAGGGGUUUCAAAUCUGGUAGCAAUCCACUCAUUGGUUACUGGUGUCAGUAUAGAUCAAGUGUUGGAAGAUGCCAAAUGUCUCGACACAGGUCGCUAUAAAAUGCGUGUAGCUGAAGCGGUGGUGGAACAUUUGAAACCUAUGCGUAUGAAAAUUGAUUUUCAUCUCAGCCGAAGGCAAGAGUUAAUUAAUGUCUUGCAAAAGGGCGCUGAUAAAGCCCGUGAGCAAGCCCGUGAAACUUUGGCUGAGAUUAGAGAAAAAAUAGGUUUAGGUAUUUCUCCAGUUAUACCGCAAUCUUUGACAAAGCUAACAGAAGUUGCAGAACCGCCAACUAUCGACAAAGAUAAAGUUAAAGAAGAGGUGGUCAUUGAGGAGAAAAGCGAUAUGCCAGUAGUACCGAAGCAGAGAGUACGUUUGGAAAAGAAACGCUCAGCUGCGUCUGAAUAUCGUCUGGCUCCAGAAUUCGAAACUUCGGUUUCGCUCUUACCACCUGUUAAAAAGUCAUCUACAGUUAGCACAGGUGUUUCUACAACUGCGCCUUCAAAAGCUGCGCAUAAACUUCAACUGCGUAUAAUCCCACCUGAAGAAACGAAAUCUGUGAUAGCGACUGAAAGUGAAGUGGCGGUAAAGUCGAAUAAUUAGUUCUUGUUCAUCUGCAAAUAUGUUAGAGCCAAUAAAUUCGUUUUCAUGUGAUCAUGUUCUCUUCAAUUUAUUAUUACGUUAUCGGAUGUUGUUACCUACUUUUCAAUUUUGA